AUGCACGGCUCUCAAAGUAGACUUCCGACCAUGAGUCGGAGGACUAAUUCUCGACCAGACCUGACGAGCGGCAGUUUCACCAUUCCCAGGAAUGACAGCAACCAGGUCUUCGUCGGUGGAAACGGCUAUCAACAAGAAUAUGGAGAUGGAUACAUCUAUUCACAAACUUUCUCCAAAUCUUCCAUGGGGGGAGGGGGAGGUGGUGGAGGUGGAGGGGCCUACGGAGGGGGAGGUGGAGGGGGCUACGGAGGGGGAGGUGGAGCGGGCUACGGAGGGGGAGCAAGGUAUGUAAUGUGUACCUUACAUGCAGAAUUACAGUUAGCCUAAAUAAAGCACAGGGGGCAAUUCCAUGGUAAUUCCAUGGUAAUGUAAUUAUGCUGACAUAAUGCUGAUUUUUCACUUUAAAAUGUAUACCAAAAAAAAAACAUUGAUUUCAAAGUUUAACUAACCAUACAAUUCUAUGAACAAGGACUACUUUUAACAAUUGACACCAUUCAACCUAUAGGGUUUGGAACUUUAAUGCCAAUUAUCUCAGAAUCAUCUUUUUGCAGAUAGAACCUUAUAGUCCCAAGCUCUAGUGUAAAUAUAAACCUGGACUGUUUUAGAUAAGUGUUGAAUAGACCAUUCAUUAAAGAUAUGCACAAUGAAAAUGAAUGAAACUCUGUUUUGUCAAAUACAUAAUAAUAGUCUAUUGUAUCAGCAUAUCUUUUAAUUAUAUAAUUAGAUCAUUAAAUACCCAGAAAAUUCACUGUUUAUUUAAAAGCUUUAUUAAUUAUCAUUACAUUUAAUUACACAUUUAAAUACAUUGAAAUCAAUGGUCGUUGAUUUGAGGAAUCAAAUGUAUGAUAUAUCCAUAGCAUUUUACACUUAUAAAGUGCUGUUUUACGUUAUGUUUAGAUGAUAAAACUACAGUCACACAAUAGUGGUCAAUUCCCUUAUUCUAUAGGGUUUCAAUAGCCUAGGUUACAUUAUCUAGAAUACAAUCACAGACAUUAUUCAACUCAACACAUAUUCUGGGUCAGAGCCAAUACAUUAAGAUCCAUUGAGCUGUGUUCAAGAGCUGAAAUGUGUUGGAAAUGUUCAACACACCACACACACUUUUAACUCGAUCCUCCCCCAGCUAUUGCUCAAGAAGUGAUGUCAUCAAAUGAUGUCAACUACCUUGUUAAUAUUGUUCAUAUUAGUAUAAUGCAGAUUACGAAAGUUAUUAUAAUGGAUGCUGUGUGUUACAAUAUAACACAUUUUGAUGGUGUGUUCCUUGUUUUGUAAUGUUUAGUGUGCAGCUCAUCCAAAACAAAGCUUCCUUCCUGCAAGGCCAGUGUCAGGAGUACCUGCAGAGAGCACAGCAGAUUCUCCAGGCAGUAAGUGCUCUACAUAGGUCAAAGCAUAGUUAUGGAUGAAAUCACACUUAUGCACGCAUGCCUGCACUUACACAUACACUGACACAAGACCAUAUUUGGUUGUGGAAGAGCAGAAUUUAAAUUGGUUUAGCUUCAGCGUUAUAACUGAUCUUUCACUUACAAAUAUGAAGCCAUAUUUUUUACAUUGAAGUCUGGGAUGUUUCUAUGUAAACAGAAACAGGUUUAUCUGUGUUGAUGCAACAUCGGUAGCAGCUGUGGUCAUCAGCUGGACUGAUAAUAUCUCACGCAUCCCAAUAUCUCACUAGAAUUACUAAAUUGAAAAGAGCUCUUUGCCUUUUUCUUCAUGAAUGGGCCAUUAUUACAGACCUGCUAUCUUAAUUUGAUCACUUAGUUGUCACAUAAUUUUCCUGCACAGCAGGAUUCACAUAAUAUUUCACAUUUCCUGUUGCUGUAGGAUUAUUUUCCUGCUGUGAGAAACUGGUCAAAUAAGGUAGUGGAUCUGUAGUAGCUUACUGGGCAGUCUUGUGGACAGUGUGAGUAUGUUGACAGUACUGGGUUGUGUGUGUGUGUAUUGUUGUACUGACCAUAUGAUUGUCCUCCCCCAGGGUGGUCCAGCAGUGGAGGUGGACAAGCUGAUGACUAUGUCCGCUGAGAAUAUAGACCAGCUGAAUGGAUGUGCCAUAGAGCUGCAGCAAAUGAGACAACCCAAUGAUAUCAUCAUCAGGAGGCAAGGACAGCUGUCUGUGUGAGAGAGAGAUAGAGAGGGAGUGAAAGAAUGCAUCUGUGUUUGUGUGUGUGAAAGAAAGAAAGAGUGUGUGUUUGUGUGUAUUUGAUAAAUGUAUUUGCAUAUUUGUUUUCUUUUACAUUUGUGCUUAAAAACAGAUGGGACAAAUCUCCUCUUAUCUUUCAUGUCUGACACUUCCUGUCUCUCCCUCCCUACAGCAUACAGCAGCUCCAGAACAUGCAGAGUGGGAUCAUCUCCUCCUUCAGUGGGACGACCCAGAGACAGAACAAAGGCAGCAUUGGCUGGGAGGAGAGAGGGAGGACCUACACUGAUGCCAUUUCCUGGAUCGGCCAACAGAAGGUAUUAUAAAACCAGCAUAAUUUAUUUAGCGAUUCCCCCUCAAGGUGAUUGUAUAGGGUGCAAUUGAUGACUUCAUCACUCUGGAACUCACCCCCUAGACAAUAUACCAUCCUCAUCUCCAAGCUUUAAACCGGUAUAGAGCAGUAGGAAAUUGUGUGAGAGAGUGUGUGUGUGAUGGGAAGUUGGAGCAUGACACGCAUCUUAUCGCAGAAUCUGACCUGCUGGAACACAAACCACCACAAUGCCAAAACAUGAACGCUCAGAAAAGAGAUGAGAGGGAGAUCACACUAGGCCCUGAAGAACGAGGGAAGACAAAGGAAGGAACAGAGAGAGCAUGACGCAUAGAACACGCAGACCAAAGAUCUAAAACCAGCCCGAAAACGAAGGAGGAGGAGGGAUGAAACUCUACAACUCACCCGACCAACAUCAUCGAAUCUAUGGACGGCCCACAUGACCUGAGUUCACUGUGCAUCGCUAUGAAAACAACACCCUCGAACCGACCUGAGCUUCCAAACAACUAAGCUCACUCACCACCAGCCACCUCAAGCAUGCGCGGUCGCACUCCCAACCGAAGGAUUCAGCUGCAGCUCUAUGCAACCUCACUGUCCGGCAAUAACUGUCUCGAACAGAGAGGUCUUACGAGUCGUCCUGUUACCUAUCCGAACAGAGUUGUUGCCCCUCUCUCUGUACCCUUCGCUUGUCACUGCAAGCGAGAGCAGUAAACUUAUUCUAGGCUGUGAGAAAGGGAGAGAAUAAAGGGAAGGGAAAAGAGAGAUAGGAGAGGUAAGAGAGGCAGAGAGAGAGAGAGAGAGAGAGAGAGAGAGAGAGCAGCCGAGAGAGAGAGAGACGAGAGAGAGAGAGAGAGAGAGAGAGAGAGAGGAGAGAGCAGAGAGAGAGAGAGAGCGAGAGAGCGAACCGCUCUAUAGGUAGUCAUAGUAUCGAGAGAUAGCGUAUAUAGUCUCUGCGCAGCUCAGCUCUAUCUCAUAGCUCUCUGCCUCUCUCUUUUGUAGCUAUCUCUCUAUCCUCUUCUUCUCUCUCUCUAUCUCUCCUCUCUCUCUCCUCUCUCUCUCAAAAGUGAGGUCAAAGUCUAUUAACUCCGACAGUCUCGCUCAUCAAACACACAUUUGUGUUUCUACAACUUACAGCCAUAAAUGUAUGAAAGAAAGGUGGGGAAAGAAAAUCAAAGAAAGAAGAGAAGAAAAGGGGUGUGUGAAGCGCAGUAGAAACUGGCUGGGGUGGAGUUGGUUGGUUGGGUGGCUGGGGUCAAGGUGGUUGGCCACCCACCCACCCACCCCCAGCCAGUUUCUACUGAGCAGAACUCGCCCCUUUUUCUUAUCAAAGCUGAGUGGAUUGGAGUGAACUCUACAGGGGGAAUAGUUGGAAUAGUUUCCUGCUGAUGACAGACACGCUGAUCAGUUAACGGUUAUUUACUGCCAUCUAGAGAAUAGACUUAGGAAGGACACAUUUGUUCAGCCUUCCACACAAACAGAUCAUUGGUUUCGCUAGCACUUUAUCACUGUCCUACAGCUGGUAUGGAACUGGUGUUAACCAGAAAAUACUCAAUAGAAUUGCUUACUACAUGACACCAAAUGAUACUUAUUUUUAUGAAUCCUGAAGCAGAGAGGUUGUUAUUCAGUAAUACUAAUGUAAUUAAGCUAUUAUUGAGUAAAUACUAGCAAAACUUCAUACAUGUUGGUGCCAUGAUUUUUCUUAGACUCAGUGUUGUUGAGAAAAUAGAGUAAGCUGUAUCUCCUGUAUAUCUGUCUGCAGCGUCUGAUCGAGACGUCUCCGUGGGGUGAGGACGCGGCCACCAUCGAGCAACAGAUCCUCAACCAGAAGAAGUUCCACAGCUCUAUACAGAGGAGCCAAGAGGUGGAUCGCGCCAGGGAUGAACUGGUACGUACUAUAGUGUUGACUAUAACAAGUGCUCCUUGGUCAGGUAACAUAGUCGUGAAAAACGUCUGGUCCUACUAAUCGUCUGUGUGUCUUUACUCAGGCCCAAAAGGAUGACAAGGGUGGCCUCCAUUCCCUGCAGCAAGAAUGGGACAGUCUGCAGGUAUGAGUCCAUAUUAACAACAAUUUAACAAAAUAAAGUUAUUUGAUCAUUCCUUUCUUCAUAGUUGUAUUCACUAGCCUCAUUGUGCUCAUCUUGGUUAAUCUUCUCCUCUGUCAGAAAAUGUCGUUUGCUCGUACGGGCCAGCUGAGAGAGCUGCAGAACAUCCUUGAGGAGAUCUCCAGGGCCAUCAUGUGGGUCAACGAGAGGGAGGAGGAGGAGCUGGUGUUCGACUGGGGAGACAAGAACAUUGACGUCUACAUCCCCAAGAAACAGGAGAGCUACUCCGUAAGGCCUUACAAUGCUGACAUGAUAUGUAUCUAUUCAGUGGACUCACUACUGUAGUCUUGUGUUAUCGCACUUCCAAAGUCUUGUUUUCACUCUGCUAUUUACGAAUGAACAUGAAGUAGCAGAAUAUCAAGGUCUGCGCACUGGUAACCAUGAGGAGAUAAGCCUCCUAGUCUGCGACCCAAAUGUCACCCUAUACCCUAUUUAGUGCACUCCUUUUAGUGCACUGUAUAGAGAAUAAGGGCCAUCUGGGAUGCAUACCUAUACUGUAGUAGCCCUUUUGUAUGUUUACUCACAGUCUGUCUCUCCCUCCCAGAAACUGAUGAGUGCCCUGGAGGAGAAAGAGAAGGAGCUGAACAAACUGAAGCAGAAAGUGGAUGGUCUCCUGAAGAACAAUCACCCAGCUUCAGACAAGAUAGAGGUGAGAGUCACUGUACCCUUAGCUAGGUUUGCAGAAUUCCAUUAACUUUAGGAAAAUGUUGGGAAAGUUACUGGAAUUUUGUAAACGUACGCUUAGCUCCCCUUUAAGUAGUGAAGUGGUAACAUGAGUUUGUUCUACAAUAUUCAUGAAGUUGCUGCUAACUAACUGGUGUUUGUUCCCCAGGCCUACAUGGACACUCUGCAGACCCAGUGGAGCUGGCUGCUCCAGAUCACCAAGUGUAUUCAUGUCCACCUGAAGGAGAACGCUGCCUACAGCCAAGUAAACACACAGAAUGGUGCACACACCCGCUGACACACAAACGUGUGCAUAGACACACACACACACACACACACAGCUCACAGUAUCUGUAUCUCAUGUUCUAUUAAACUUCCCUCUCUACUGCAGUUCUUCAAGGAGGCCAAUGAGACCUACAGCAAGCUGCAGAAGGACCAUGAGAACAUCCGUAAGAAGUUUACCUGUGAUAAAGGAACACCUCUGGAGAACCUCACUGAGCUCCUGAAGAACCUUGAGGUACCUAACACUGAAUGACACCUGAGAAUGUUUCCAUAUAGGAUCUCUCCCACAACUAUCAUAUUAUCAACAAAUAGUUGAUAUGAGUAUGAUGCAUAUUAGCAAGCAUUUUUGCAGAUACCCCUCUUUGCCCUCCUUGCUACUCAUUAUUGAGGAUAACUCCUUCCCUCACUUAUUUGCAUGGCAUGAUUUAGAAAUUGAAAUGUGCACAAGAUAAUGCAAAUUACAUAGGGUAUAUAACAACUGUUUAGGAUGGUUAAAGUUAUUUAAAAUAGUGGUACCAUAUUCUUCAGGGAUAAGUGUAGGACACAUCUGUGACGAGUACUGAGGAUACGAAGAGGCAGGACGUAGAAGCAGGAAUCAACAAUGUAAAGGUUUACUUAACACUGAGCAAGAGAACAACAAAGAGCGAGUACACGACAUGACACUAACAAUCACACAACACUGAACAGUCCAGGGCUAAAUAGGGGUGGUGAUGAGAUGAUGAGGUGCAGGUGCGCUGGAGGUGAUUAGGGUGCGUUGGGUUUCCAUUCCGAUGUUGCCGAGGUGGUGCGCUCAGACCGGUGGCUCAGUAGACCGGCGAAUCAGAGCGCCGGAGGGGAGCAAUGGGAGGAGAUGUGACAACGUCCCUUUUCUGUGACCUUUAUAUGACCUGUGUGUUUGUGUGUCCCCAUGCAGAGAGAGAAGGAGAGGGUCAUGGAGAAUAAGAGGCAGGUGAAGCACCUGGUGAAUAAGUCCAAGAGCAUCGUGAGGCUGAGACCACGUAACCCUGAAGAAAAGAGCAGCAGUGCUGUUAUAGUACAGGCCCUGUGUGACUUCAAACAGGACCAGGUCAGCACACAAACACACACCAGAUACUCACACACACGUACACAUACAUUUUAAAGUGUUAACCCAUGAACUGACGUCGCUUAUACACAUUCUUACAAUACUACCACCCCCACCCCACCCACCCCCAACACACACAUACAAUAUUUGCACAGAAAAGAUCCGCAACAGUAGUGAGUUUACACUGUUUUGCAUGUGUUCUGUGUGUCCUACAGAAAGGGAUCUUAAAGGGGGACGAGGGCAUCCUGAAGGACAACUCCCAGCGCAGUAAGUGGCACGUGACCGGUCCUGGAGGUCUGGACAUGCUGAUCCCCUCUGUGUGCCUCCUCAUCCCCCCGCCCAACCCCCUCAGCAUCGGAAUGGCCAACAAGUAAGACCCCCUCGACAACCACACUGCCUGGCUCUAUGACAUUACUGCCAUUUCAAUGGGCUAAAUAACAGUGCCAUGAAAAUGAAAUGACAGUACAUACUAAUAAUUUCAUAAAAUCUGGUGUCAGAAUAUAUGAACUGACUUUACACUGUUAUGACACACUACAGAUUAGUAACUGAUUUUAUUUUGUGUAUUGCAGGAAUGAACAGUACUAUGAGGCCAUCAUGGGCAUCUGGAAUCAGCUCUACAUCAACAUCAAGAGCCUCAUCUCCUGGCAGUACUGUAUCAAAGACAUCAACCAUAUCAACUCCCUCACCCUCACCAUGGUAAGGCCUUAAACAAGACUAUGAUUUACACUGCAGAAAAUCUGUCACACAAAUCAAUAGAGAUACCCUCACAAUUUAAACAAGGAACAAAGGUUUUAGGUGGCAAUACAUUACCAUUUGGAGAUAUUUAACGUUGUAUUUGUGUUUUAGACAUUGUUUAACUCUAACAUCUCUAUAUUUUUAAUCCACAACAAGAAGUAAGUAGAUGUUUAAUGAGCACUCUCUCUCCCCUUGGCCGUCUUUAAGAGUAGCCCUCUUAGCCCACAAUAGUUGUAAAUCUCACUCUUCCUUCCUCUCCAUCGCUCUCUUUUCUAGCUGUCCCAGAUGCGUCCUGAGGAGUACCGUAACAUCAUUAAGAGUCUGGAGACUCACUACCAGGAGUUCCUCCGCAACAGCCACGGCUCUGAGAUGUUUGGAGAGGAUGAGAAGAAGAGGAUGGAGGGCCAGUAUACUGGAGCCCAGACCCACUAUGACACACUGGUCAUAGGGCUGCCUACAUACAGUGAGUCCUAGGGUGCCUAGUCUACCCAGUGGAGCUUCUUAGAUGGCUUAACGCCUUCCCUGUCUACAGUACAAACUACAUCAGUUCAACUGAAUUAUUAGAGACAGGAAGGUUAAGGGAAUUAAUUGAAUAACCAGUGGAUACUGUGACCCCAAUUGCUACAGAUGUUUGCCAAGAAAUCACUCAGAUUAUGUUGGAUAUCAGUUAUAAUAUGAAUACGUAUUGCUACUCAAUUCCACUAAAUUCAAAUUGGUUCCAUUUCAUUUCACAGAUCAAUCCAAAGUGGAGGUGGUCAAGCCGGUGGUCCAGCCUGAGCCGCCCAUCAAAGCUGAGACCACCAAGAUCACCAAGACAUCGGUGACUAAGACCAGCACCUCCACCCAGGGCUCUACCCUGAGCCUGACCCUGCUCAGUGACCUCCACGCCCUCAGACGCAGGCUGGAGCUGGCUGAAUCAGGCCUCAGCCACCACCUCCAUGUUCCCCUGGGGGAGAACAGUGUGCAGGAGUGCUCACAGCGCCUCCUGAAUCUGGAGGUAUGCAACUGCAGCUACACCAGAGAUUCAAUAGAGGAAAUGGGCCUAUGAAAAACAUAAAACUUUGCAUUUCUUCCUCCUGUCUUUGAUGUAAUAUCUGAGAUAGCAUGACUGGAUAGGUGAAAACAAUGUAAGGGAACCUGUGUGGUCAAUCCUAUCCAAUUGUGUUUUGGAAUACUGGAUUCAUUUAAAGUUUUCAAACAUAGCCAGUAGAUGGCCACUGUGUCUUUCUCAUUGAAUAAUGUUGAUAAUCUUAAAUGCAACCUAUUCUACAUGGACUAAACCCUUGUUCCUGAUUCUCAGGGCAUACACCAUGACCUGGACGGUGUGCGUGAUGAGUACCUGAGGCUGAGGGAGAGGGUGGUGAGGCAGCUGGAGGGGACAGCAGCAGACUCGGAGCAGGCCAAGUUCCUCAGGAAAGAGCUGGACCUCCUCAACCAGAAACUGGGAGAUCUGCAGGGGCUAUCCUCUGCCUACCUCCAGAGGUACGGCUCUCACAGGAGCUUCUACCUUCUAGUCUUCUUCCUAUGUUAAGAAGUGGUUGAGAAAACGAACUGGUUAGCAAAUGUUUAUUGAGGGUAUGUUUCACCUGUGUGAAAUGGUUAUAGUUUGUUGUGGUGUUGUUUGAUAUUUCACUGUUGAAAUGUCUUGUUUAUUGAGAUGGUGUUGUAACGUGGUCUCUGUGUGUAUGUGUUCCCUGGUAGACUGUCAUAUCUGCAGAACUUGUUCCAGAGCCUCGUCCAGGCUGAGGAUGUCAUCAAGGUCCACGAGGCCCGUCUGACUGAGAAGGAGACCACCUCCCUGGAUCUCAACGAGUUGGAGCGCUACAGGGCCACACUCAAGGUCAGACACACCAUCAAUCACCAUUGCUGUCAAUUUAUAUCUGUCAAUUAGUUAAUGUAUCUGUCAAUCAAUUCUGAUUGUGAGCUGUGUAAUAUUGCCAAAUAAUAUAUGUAUAUAUUGCUUCGGAACUUUUUAUGUGGUCUUUUGCAAUUCAAUAUUCUAGUGUGCAUUAGUGUAGUAGAACUGUGAGAGGGAGUAUGUUUUGCCAAGAUUAGUAUCAGUGUCCAAUAGUGUGUCUUGAGCAUUGCCUGUUGUCUUUCCACUACAGCAAAUGAAGUCUGACCUGGACCAUAAGAGAGACCUUCUGAAGGCCAUGGAGAGUGACCUGGCCAAUGCAGUACACGUGAACAGUCAGAUCUCAGCCUCCUUACACAAGUGUGAUGUGGACCUGUCCAAGUAUGCUGACCUGGUGACCCAGAUGUCUGACCGCUGGCGACGCAUCCAGACCCAGAUCGACAGCAGGUGAGGACCCUUAGAUCUCUAAACAUACACUUCUCACAUACACUCUCACAAACUCUUCAAUACCCAUGCAAUGAUUCAUAUUCAGUUCUGAUGUUUCAUAAAAAUCGCCUCUAUGCCCUCGUAGUGGAUCAUUUUUGCUAGUAUCCAGCAACUCUAUUGACCUAACUAUCUAUUGACCUAUCUAUUGACCUAACUAUCUAUUGACCCAACUAUCUGUUGACCUAACUAUCUAUUGACCCAACUAUAUAUUGACCCAACUAUCUAUUGACCUAACUAUUGACCUAACUAUCUAUUGACCCAACUAUCUAUUGACCUAACUAUCUAUUGACCUAACUAUUGACCUAACUAUGUAUUGACCCAACUAUCUAUUGACCUAACUAUCUAUUGACCUAACUAUCUAUUGACCCAACUAUCUAUUGACCCAACUAUCUAUUGACCUAACUAUUGACCUAACUAUCUAUUGACCCAACUACCUAUCGACCCAACUAUCUAUUGACCUAACUAUCUAUUGACCCAACUAUCUAUUGACCUAACUAUCUAUUGACCCAACUAUCUAUCGACCUAACUAUCUAUUGACCCAAAUAUCUAUUGACCUAACUAUCUAUUGACCUAACUAUCUAUGACCUAACUAUCUAUUUACCCAACUAUCUAUUGACCCAAACUACCCAUCGACCAAAAUAUCUAUGACUAACUAUCUAUUGACCCAACUAUCUAUUGACCCAACUAUCUAUUGACCCAACUAUCUAUUGACCCAACUAUCUAUCGACCCAACUAUCUAUUGACCUAACUAUUGACCUAACUAUCUAUUGACCAAACUAUCUAUUGACCCAACUAUCUAUUGACCCAACUAUCUAUUGACCUAACUAUCUAUUGACCCAACUAUGUAUUGACCCAACUAUCUAUUGACCUAACUAUUGACCUAACUAUCUAUUGACCCAACUAUCUAUUGACCCAACUAUCUAUUGACCUAACUAUUGACCUAACUAUCUAUUGACCCAACUAUCUAUUGUCCCAACUAUCUAUUGACCCAACUAUUAUUGACCUACUAUCUAUUGACCCAACUAUCUAUUGUCCCAACUAUCUAUUGACCCAACUAUCUAUUGACCUAACUAUCUAUUGACCCAACUAUCUAUUGACCCAACUACCUAUCGACCCAACUAUCUAUUGACCUAACUAUCUAUUAACCCAACUAUCUAUUGACCUAACUAUCUAUUGACCCAACUAUCUAUCGACCUAACUAUCUAUUGACCCAACUAUCUAUUGACCUAACUAUCUAUUGACCUAACUAUCUAUUGACCCAACUACCUAUCGACCCAACUAUCUAUUGACCUAACUAUCUAUUGACCCAACUAUCUAUUGACCUAACUAUCUAUUGACCCAACUAUAUAUUGACCCAACUAUCUAUUGACCUAACUAUUGACCUAACUAUAUAUGACCCAACUAUCUAUUGACCUAACUAUUGACCUAACUAUCUAUUGACCCAACUAUCUAUGACCCAACUAUCAUGACCCAACUAUCUAUUGACCUAACUAUCUAUUGACCCAACUACUAUUGACCAACUACCUAUCGACCCAAACUAUAUAUUGACCCAACUAUCUAUUGACCUAACUAUUGACCUAACUAUCUAUUUGACUCCAACUAUAUAAUUGACCCACCAUCUAUUGACCUAACUAUUGACCUAGACUAGUCUAAUGACCACCAACCUAUCUAUUGAACCUAACUAUUCUAUUGACCCAACUAUCUAUUGACCCAACUAUAUAUUGACCCAAGCUAUCUAUUGACCUAACUAUCUAGUUGACCCCAACUAGCUAUCGACCCAACUAUCUAUUGACCUAACUAAUAUAUUGACCCAACUAUCUAUUUACCUAACUAUUGGACCUAACUAUCUAUUUGACCCCAACUAUCGAUUGACCCAACUAUAUAUUGACCCAACUAUCUAUUGACCUAACCUAUUGACCCUAACUAUCCUAUUUGACCCAACUAUCUAUUGACCUAACUAUCUAUUGACCUAACUAUUGACCUAACUAUGUAUUGACCCCAACUAUCUAUUGACCUAACUAUCUAUUGACCCAACUAUCUAUUGACCUAACUAUCUAUUGACCUAACUAUCUAUUGACCUAACUAUCUAUUGACCCAACUAUCUAUUGACCCAACUACCUAUCGACCCAACUAUCUAUUGACCUAACUAUCUAUUGACCCAACUAUCUAUUGACCCAACUAUCUAUUGACCCAACUAUCUAUUGACCCAACUAUCUAUCGACCCAACUAUCUAUUGACCUAACUAUUGACCUAACUAUCUAUUGACCAAACUAUCUAUUGACCCAACUAUCUAUUGACCCAACUAUCUAUUGACCUAACUAUCUAUUGACCCAUCUACCUAUCGACCCAACUAUCUAUUGACCUAACUAUCUAUUGACCCAACUAUCUAUUGACCCAACUAUCUAUUGACCCAACUAUCUCCUUGACCCAACUAUCUAUUGACCUAACUAUGUAUUGACCCAACUAUCUAUUGACCCAACUAUCUAUUGACCCAACAUCUAUUGACCCAACUAUCUAUUGACCUAACUAUCUAUUGACCUAACUAUCUAUUGACCCAACUAUCUAUUGACCCAACUAUCUAUUGACCUAACUAUCUAUUGACCCAACUAUCUAUCGCCCUAACUAUCUAUUGACCCAACUAUCUAUUGACCCAACUAUCUAUUGACCCAACUAUCUAUUGACCUAACUAUCUAUUGACCCAACUAUCUAUUGACCCAACUAUCUAUUGACCCAACUAUCUAUUGACCCAACUAUCUAUUGACCUAACUAUCUAUUGACCCAACUAUCUAUUGACCCAACUAUCUAUUGACCCAACUAUAUAUUGACCCAACUAUCUAUUGACCUAACUAUCUAUUGACCUAACUAUCUAUUGACCCAACUAUCUAUUGACCUAACUAUCUAUUGACCUAACUAUCUAUUGACCCAACUAUCUAUUGACCUAACUAUCUAUUGACCCAACUAUCUAUUGACCCAACUAUAUAUUGACCCAACUAUCUAUUGACCUAACUAUCUAUUGACCUAACUAUAUAUUGACCUAACUAUCUAUUGGGACUAACUGUUCCUCUUUCUCUUCUCCCUCUAUAUCGCCCUCCUUUUCUCCAUUAAAUCAAAUCAAAUCAAGCUUGAUUUAUACAGCACAUUUCAGACAUGGAAUGCAAUGCAAUGUGCUUCACAGGAAAAAACUAAUAAAAAACGAUGAAAAAUAAAAUGUCCAAUAUUUACUACACAACAAACAUAAGAUGAUAAAAACUAAAGAAUAACAAUAAAAACUGAAUGACUAAAACGCACCCUAAGGAAAAGCAAAUCUAAAAAGGUGUGUUUUAAGAUCUCUUUUAAAUAUGUCCAUAGUUUCGGCCGUCCUCAGGUUUUCUGUCAGGCUAUUCCUGAGGCAUAAUAACAUCCCUCUCUCAUCAGAGUGUGGGACCUGGAGAAGCAGGAGAAACAGCUGAGACAUUUCCAGCAGAGCAGCGGAGUGGUGGACCAGUGGAUAGACAACGCUAGACAGCGCCAGGACACCCUGCAGACAGCCAAGUUUAGCAACAUCCAGGUCCUCAUGGAGCACCUCAACCAACAGAAGGUAGGCCACUGCACAGCCAUCCCAGAAAUAUAUAUUUGUAAUGUUGUUGUACAAUUCUGUACAGUACAGAGACUGACUGGUUGUUUCAGGUAUGAUUGAUAUAUUCUAAUGCACUCAUGAAUCUAUCAGGUGCUGCACAGUGAGAUCAAAGGGAAGAAGGAAAAGGUGGAGGAUGUACAGAAGGAUGCGGACACCUGCUCUGCCUCCAUCAAGGUGAAUGCCAUUCUUUCAAAACCUGUCAUUCUCUCAACACCUUCAAUUUGGUUGUCACUGAAAGUAUCUUACCAGUUUGAAUACCACAUCAGCACCUAAAACCCUUACAUACUGUAGCAUGUACAAUGCAAAUGCUAAAUGCCUGUGUUCACACGUUGUGCUACUUCAUUCCAGGACUAUGAGCUGCAGCUGGCCUCCUACAGUGCAGGACUGGAGACCCUGUUGAACAUCCCUAUCAAGAGAACCAUGCUCCAGUCCCCUGCCACUGUGGUCAGACAGGAGGUAAUUGAGCAGCCUGUCCAACAGGGGGCAGUAGACAGUGUUAGAAAUAUGUCAGGGCUGUAUUCAUAAAGCGUCUCAGAAUAGGAUCAGUUUAGCUUUUUAGAGCAUAAUGAAUAUGGUUAUAUGGACAGACGUUUUAUCAAUACAGGGCCUGGUCUUUACCCUGCUUAUGUGGGUAAAUGGGAUCCUGAGGCCUGAGGUGGCAUAAGCCCUGUCAUGUCAGUCAUUACCAUUAUGUUAAUCUGAAUGUGGUAAUCCUUGUUUUUUGGCUAGAUUUCUAUUUGGCUCUAUUAAAAAAUUAUCCUAAAUGCUGGCAAAUAACCUUUCCAAUUAACUCUGUUGUAGUGGCUGUUUUUUAUGUUUUCACACUAAUAAUGUAUGUCUGCUUGUUUAUCUAUAAACUCUAACUGUAAUCCCACUAGGGUGCUGACCUCCAGUCUCGCUACAUAGAGCUCCUGACCCGCUCCAGUGACUAUUACAAGUUCCUGGGGGAGAUGCUCAAGAACAUGGAGGAACUGAAGGUAAGGGCGUGAAGGCACAUACAAAUAUAUAUAAUGAGUUUGCGAUAUGUAGCAUAUGUGUUCCCUCCUAAUAAGACCGUAGAAUAUUAAUUUCUAGUGAUAUGACUUUCCCUGGUUACGAUUGGGUUAGGGUAAUCUGAUCCUAGAUCAGUUGUUAUGGUCAACUACCAUCUCAAUGCGACCCUCCUAUUUCCCACCCUCAGAUUAGGAACACCAAGAUUGAGAUGCUGGAGGAGGAGCUUCGUCGUCUAAAGGAGGACAUCGGGGACCGCAGCCAGAAGAACCGUUCCUUAGAGGACGCCCUGUCCCGCUACAAGCUGGAGCUCACCCAGUCUAAAGAACAGCUCAUCUCCAUGGAGGAGGUGAAGAGGACCACAGCCGUGCAGGCCAGCGUGGCCAGGGAGAGCCUGGACACCACCAGCAGCCAGCUGACUGAGCUCAACGACAAGUUGGCCCGUCUCACCUACCAGUUGGACGAGGAGAAGAGGAAGAAGAGGCUGGCCGAGGAGCGCUAUACAAGCCAGCAGGAAGAGUACGAGGCGGCCGUGCGCCGGCGCCAGAAGGAGCUGGACGAGCUCAACUGGUCCAAGAUCGACUUGGAGAAGGCAGUGAAGGACAAGGAGCGCGAGCUGGAGAGGCUGAGGAUGCAGCUGGAAGAGGAGGCCACGAGGAGGCGUGGGGCAGAGCAGGAAAUCUCUAAGGUAAGAACCCAGUGCAACCAGGAGAUGAGUAACCUUAAGCAAACCUAUGAGUCGGAGAUCCACGUCACCAAGACCACCAUCCUCAAGGCUUCUCAGCAGAAACAGGAGGACACGGCCGAGCUCAAACUGCAGUGUGAGGGACUGGAAGCAGAUAAAAGGGAUCUAGAAGAGGAGUUGAGGAGGUUGAGACUGUCUGUGACUCAGACUGAGGAGAUGAGGAGGAAGGCAGAGGAUGAGGCCCAUCAGCAGAGGUCUACAGGGACGGAGGAGUCGAGGAGGAGGAGAGAGCUGGAGAUACAGCUCCAGACUGUGGUCACCCAGAGAGGAGAGGAGGAGCUGAGGCAGAAGGAGGCGCUGGCCGAGGCCACCAGGAGCAGCCAGGAGAAGAGCAGGCAGAUCAGUCUUCUCACACACAACCUGGAGGAGGAGGGCAAGAGGAGGAGUGCACUGGAGAUUGAGGUCACCAAGCUCAGGCAGUCCUACACUGAGCUGCAGACCAGGAAUGCCACCUCUCGGGAGGUCAUCAACAAGCUCAAGAUCUCAGAGCAGGAGAUCCAAUUGGUCCGAGUGGAGCUGGAAAAGCAGACCAACGAGAGGACCAAGGCUGAGACAACUGCUACCAGGCUGCAGAGCCGCAUCCGGGACCUACAGGCCAUGGUGGACGGUCUAGAAGUGGAGAUGGAGAAGCAGAAGAAAACCACCCAGGAUGAGUUCACCCGCAGGAAGAGGAUUGAGUCUGAGCUGGAGAAGAUGACCCAGAGCUGCAGAGAACACACCACCACCAUCAACACCCUCAGGGCCAGGCAGGAAGAGGUGUCCACCUCAGGGAGGAAGUACGAAAAGGAGCUCAGGGCUCUCCAGGAGGCUCUGGACAAGAGCCUGCAGGAGCACAAGGCCACAACGGAGCACCUGGCUCAGGCAUCUACAGAGUUAAAGGCUCUCCAACAGCAACUCUCCCAAGAGCAGGGGAAGGUCCGUGAGGUCAAUAUCCGCAUUGAGAGCCUCUACAAAACCAUUGAGGAGAAGAGCCGGCUGCUCAAUGAAGCCACCACAGAGAUUGAGAAACUCCAGAGCCUUACUCAGAAGCUGACCAAGGAGAGGCUGAGGCUGGAGGAGGAACUGAGAGGAGUGAAGCAGGAGAAAGAGCAACUGAAACUAAACAGAGAUAGUGUGGAUGGAGAGAGCCAAGCCCAGAUCUCAUCCCUGCAUGUCCAGCUCCAGAGCAGCAGCAAGAUGACACUGGAACUCCAAGCCCUCAUCAAGGACCUGACCAAGGAGAGGGAAAAGCUAAAGUUGGAUUUGGACAAAGUCCAAAAGCAAUCCAUAGAGGUAUUUUGAUUGAUCUGAGGGGUCAAUUCCAAAUAAUUCCAACAACCCUGCAUGAAUGAAUGAGUGGCACUGGGAGGAUUAAGUUCAAAUAAUUUACAGUGGGGUCUAAACUUAUUGGAUCCCUUAAUAAAGAUUAAUACAAAAUAUAAUAAAUAAUACAAAUACUGAGCUAUGUUUUAUGCUAAAAAAAAUUAUACUAAUACAAUUGUUCAGAGAAAUAUAUUUUAUUUAACAAGAAGUAAUGAAAAAAUCUAAAAAAAGAUAGGGGUAAAAAUUAUUGGAUCACAUGUUUUCAAUACUCCAGCCCCCUACCCCUUGCGAGGAUAACGACACUGAGCCUUUUUCUAAAAUGUUUUAUGAGAUUAGAGAACACAUUGGGAGGGAUCUUAGACCAUUCCUCCAUACAGAAUAUUUCCAGAUCCUUGAUAUACAGUGGGGAGAACAAGUAUUUGAUACACUGCCGAUUUUGCAGGUUUUCCUACUUACAAAGCAUGUAGAGGUCUGUAAUUUUGUAUCAUAGGUACACUUCAACUGUGAGAGACGGAAUCUAAAACAAAAAUCCAGAAAAUCACAUUGUAUGAUUUUUAAGUAAUUAAUUUGCAUUUUAUUGCAUGACAUAAGUAUUUGAUACAUCAGAAAAGCAUAACUUAAUAUUUGGUACAGAAACCUUUGUUUGCAAUUACAGAGAUCAUACGUUUCCUGUAGGUCUUGACCAGGUUUGCACACACUGCAGAAGGGAUUUUGGCCCACUCCUCCAUACAGACCUUCUCCAGAUCCUUCAGGUUUCGGGGCUGUCGCUGGGCAAUACGGACUUUCAGCUCCCUCCAAAGAUUUUCUAUUGGGUUCAGGUCUGGAGACUGGCUAGGCCACUCCAGGACCUUGAGAUGCUUCUUACAGAGCCACUCCUUAGUUGCCCAGGCUGUGUGUUUCGGGUCGUUGUCAUGCUGGAAGACCCAGCCACGACCCAUCUUCAAUGCUCUUACUGAGGGAAGGAGGUUGUUGGCCAAGAUCUCGCGAUACAUGGCCCCAUCCAUCCUCCCCUCAAUACGGUGCAGUCGUCCUGUCCCCUUUGCAGAAAAGCAUCCCCAAAGAAUGAUGUUUCCACCUCCAAGCUUCACGGUUGGGAUGGUGUUCUUGGGGUUGUACUCAUCCUUCUUCUUCCUCCAAACACGGCGAGUGGAGUUUAGACCAAAAAGCUCUAUUUUUGUCUCAUCAGACCACAUGACCUUCUCCCAUUCCUCCUCUGGAUCAUCCAGAUGGUCAUUGGCAAACUUCAGACGGGCCUGGACAUGCGCUGGCUUGAGCAGGGGGACCUUGCGUGCGCUGCAGGAUUUUAAUCCAUGACGGCGUAGUGUGUUACUAAUGGUUUUCUUUGAGACUGUGGUCCCAGCUCUCUUCAGGUCAUUGAACAGGUCCUGCCGUGUAGUUCUGGGCUGAUCCCUCACCUUCCUCAUGAUCAUUGAUGCCCCACGAGGUGAGAUCUUGCAUGGAGCCCCAGACCGAGGGUGAUUGACCGUCAUCUUGAACUUCUUCCAUUUUCUAAUAAUUGCGCCAACAGUUGUUACCUUCUCACCAAGCUGCUUGCCUAUUGUCCUGUAGCCCAUCCCAGCCUUGUGCAGGUCUACAAUGUUAUCCCUGAUGUCCUUACACAGCUCUCUGGUCUUGGCCAUUGUGGAGAGGUUGGAGUCUGUUUGAUUGAGUGUGUGGACAGGUGUCAUUUAUACAGGUAACGAGUUCAAACAGGUGCAGUUAAUACAGGUAAUGAGUGGAGAACAGGAGGGCUUCUUAAAGAAAAACUAACAGGUCUGUGAGAGCUGGAAUUCUUACUGGUUGGUAGGUGAUCAAAUAAUUAUGUCAUGCAAUAAAAUGCAAAUUAAUUACUUAAAAAUCAUACAAUGUGAUUUUCUGGAUUUUUGUUUUAGAUUCCGUCUCUCACAGUUGAAGUGUACCUAUGAUAAAAAUUAACAUUAACCUGCAAAAUCGGCAGUGUAUCAAAUACUUGUUCUCCCCACUGUACUUGUUGAUUUUGUGAUCAAUUAACAUUUAUUUUGUGGAUUUUGAUGUGUGCUUGAGGUUAUUGUCUUGCUGGAAGAUUCACUUGCGGUCUAGUUUCAGCCCCCUGGCAGAGGCAACCAGGUUUUUUGCUAAAAUGUCCUGGUACUUGGUAAAGUUCAUAAUGCCGUUGACCUUAACAAGGGCCAAAUACCUCUAUUUUCAUGUAAUCUGACCAUAGCACUACCUGGAGUUUGCUAAUCGCCAUUUGCGCUUGGAUUGGAACCGGCGCUAUGGUCAUAUGACACGAAAAUAGACAUCUUUGGCCAUGCACCCCAGCGGUGGUUUUGGCCUUCGAAAGAACAAUGCAUAUGCAGAAAAUACCUCAUCCUUAAUGUAAAGAAAUGGUUAAUUGACCACAAAAUCAAAAUGUUGCUAUGGACAUCUCAGUCUCCGGACUUGAUCCCAUUGAAAACCUGCGGUUUGAAUUGAAGAGAGCAGUCCAUAAGCGCAGAUGAAGGAUAUCAAAGAUCUGGAAAGAUUCUGUGUGGAGGAAUGGUCUGGAGGAAUGGUCCAAAUGUGUUCUCCAAUCUCAUAAAACAUUUUAGAAAAAUGCUCAGUGUCGUUAUCCUUGCAGGGGAGAGGGUGCUGGAGUAUUGAAAACAGGGGAACCAAUAUUUAUUUUUAAUUACUUGAAAAACAAAAUCUCUUUCUCUUAGAAAUUGUAUUAGUAUAAAAUAAUAGCAUUAAAAAAGAAUAUUGCAUACACUAUAGCUUAGUAUUGGUAUUAUUUAUUUUAUAUAGUAUUUUUUGCUGAUCUUUAUCAAGGGAUCGAAUCAUUUUGGACCCCACUGUAUAUGAUGAUUCAAUGUUUUCUAUGAUUCUGAUUCUGAACCACAAAGGUUUUGGGUAACACUUUAUGUUAAGGGUGUGUAAUAAAACAUUUAUAAGGCAUUUAUAAAACAUUAAUAAGGCAUUUAUAAACAGUUUGCUCACCAUUUAUUAAUCAUUACUCCCACAUUUGUAAAUGUUAGUAAGCUAGAAAUUCACACAUUUAUAUACACAACACAUGCACAAAACAUUAGGAACACCUGCUCUUUCCAUGACAUAGACUGUGAAAGCGAUGAUCCCUAAUUGAUGCCACCUGUUAAAUCCACUUCAAUCAGUGUAGAUGAAGGGGAGGAGACAGGUUAAAGAAGGAUUGUUAAGCCUUGAGACAAUUGAGACAUGGAUUGUGUAUGUGUGCCAUUCAGAGGGUGAAUGGGCAAGACAAAAUAUUUAAGUGCCUUUGAACGGGGUAUGGUAGUAGGUGCCAGGCGCAUCAGUUUGAGUGUGUCAAGAACCGCAACGCUACUGGGUUUUUCACGCUCAACAGUUUCCCGUGUGUAUCAAGAAUGUUCCACCGCCCAAAGGACAUCCAGCCAACUUGACACAACUUUGGGAAGCAUUGGAGUCAACAUGAGCCAGCAUCCCUUCGGAACGCUUUCAACACCUUGUAGUCCCCGACUAAUUGUGGCUGUUCUAAGGGCAAAAGGGGGUGCAACUCAGUAUUAGGAAUGUGUUGUACACUCAGUGUAUAUUUCCUUAAAUAUCCUGUGUUGUGUGCUUAUUCUUUUACUAGGUACUGCUGGAUUUUCUACCAAUGGCAUGCCCAUAUUUUUGUGAGAAAUAACACUGGUCACUCAAAACAUUUAUAAAGUAUUUAUAAAGCAGAAAUAGCGCUCACUUUAGAUUAGGUGCUGCAAACAUACUUUACCAAUGAUUAGUAAAUGGUUUUAAAAUGUGGGAGUAAUGAUUAAUAAAUGGUGAACACACACUUUAUAUAAAUGCCUUGGUUUAUUACGGAUCCUUAAAAUAAAGGUUACCAUGUUUGGUCAUUUCUACAGCUUUUCAUUGAGAUAAUGGGUUUGCUUUUGUUCACUGAAAUAACAAUUGUAUUGUCAUUAACAAUUAGUAACUAUUAAUUAUGAAUAAUUCCUAAAUCAACUGGCUAAAUUAUUUAAUAAUUUUCUCAGAGGACCAAUGUUCACCACCUGACUGCUUCCAUGGUUUGCACUGGACUCACUCACCGAUAUCUACAGUAUAUCACAGCAAUACAGUCGCUGAUUGCUGGAAAUGUGCAUUAUAUAUGUCUUUGCUUACAUUAGUGUUCAUGUUUUUUUCUUCAAUGUUUUUACCAGAAGUGGAGAGGGCAAGCCGCAUGACCACAGUGUUACCUACUUUUCAAAAUUACUAAUAUGAAAGGAAUGUGUAACUAAUGAUUUAUACAGUCUUUAUCCAUUCAGGUAUUUUUAAUAUGGGAGUGUGUUGACCAAUAUGUCUUAUUCUCUCUUUCCCUUCCAGACCUCCAUGAUGGUGCAGCAGUCUCAGACCCACUACACUGAAAUCCUGUCUGAUAGGGACGCCCUUCUGAUCAAGUUGAAGCAGCUGGAACAGGACAAGACCCGCCAGGGUCACUAUGAAGAGGAGCUGAAUCGCAUCAAGAUCUCCCUGGAGACUGAGCUGCGCAACAAACAGCGUCUCCAGGAAGAAAGAGACAAGAUGCAAAAGGACUUCACCUACUGGAAGAGCCAGUACGAACUGAAGGAGCGCCAGAUGAGGCAGGGUGACUCGGACAAGGACAAGAUGGAGAGGGAGAGGCUCUCCCUGAAGAGCGAGUUGGAGCGUAUGAUGGUGGAGCUGAGGACCGUGGAGGAGAGGUAUAAAGGCAGGCUGCAGAGCUCAGAGAGGGAGGUGUCAGACCUGGCCCUGAAGAGAGACUCCCUGGAGAGGGAGUUGAGGAGGCUUCAGCAGAGACCUGACUCCAUGAGCAUCCAGACCCAGACAGACGAGAAGGUGGUCACUGUGGACCCGUCUAAACUGGUGUUCGAUGGGGUUCGCCGUAAGGUCACCGCCCACCAGCUGUGUGACUGCGGUAUUAUCAGCAAGGCCACCCUGGAGCAGCUGCUGAAGGGAAAGAGGACCGUGGAGGAUGUGGCCGUCGACAUCCAGCUUAGCCUCAAGGGAACAGGUGCCAUUGCAGGAAUGGUCAGAGGCCCCCAGGACAGGAUGUCCAUAACUGAAGCCAAGACCAAGAACCUUCUGAGCAAAGAGAGUGCCCUAAUGCUACUGGAGGCCCAAGCUGCCACCGGCCACAUCAUGGACCCCAAGUUUAACGAGAAGAUGUCUGUUGAUGCUGCCUCCUCCAGAGGAGUGGUGGACACAGACAAUAGAGACGCCCUCAUGACAGCUGAAGCAGCCAGUGCAGGCUUCAAAGACCCAUACACCGGCAAGCUGCUGUCCAUUGGACAGGCUCUGAAGCUGAAUCGUCUGGACAAGGAGACAGCCCUCCGGUUGCUCCAGGCCCAGGAGUCUGUUGGAGGAAUCCUGGACCCGGUUCUGAGUGUAUUCCUGCCCAAAGACCUUGCCCUUGACCGCAACCUGAUUGACGAAGACCUCUACAGGGCUCUGAACAAGAAGCCCGCCUGCUAUCUGGACCCAAUCACUGAGAAGAAGAUUAGCUAUAGUGACCUAAUGUUGAAGUGUAGGAUUGAGCCCGCCUCUGGCAUGCUGCUCCUCCCAGCCCCGGAAAAGCCCAUGACCGUGCAGGGCCUCAGGGGAGAGGUGUCCGUCACAGAGCUGAUCAAGUCCAACUUGCUGUCUGAGAUGGAUGUGCAGAAGCUGAACCAGGGCAAGCUCAGCAGCAAGGACAUCGAGGACAAGCUCAAGAACUACCUUCAUGGUUCUAACUGCAUCGCAGGGAUCUAUGAUGAAGCCAACAACAGGACAAUGACCAUCUACCAGGCCAUGAAGGAUGGUCUGCUCAGACGAGGAACCACCCUGGAGCUUCUGGAAGCCCAGGCUGCCUCCGGCUUCAUGAUCGACCCUGUCAACAAUGUCUGCCUGACUGUGGAUGAGGCCUGGAAGAGAGGCCUUGUGGGCAAAGAGUUCAAGGACAAGCUGAUGUCUGCAGAGAGGGCUGUCACUGGAUACAAAGACCCACACACUGGCAAGACCAUCUCCCUCUUCCAAGCCAUCGAGAAGGAUCUGAUUGAGAAGGGCCAUGGGAUUAGGCUGCUAGAGGCUCAGAUAGCCAGCGGUGGCAUCAUCGACCCCAAGGAGAGCCACCGUAUCGAUGUAGACAUUGCCUACAAGAGGGGCUACUUCGACAAGGAGAUGAAUGAGAUCCUGACCUACGAAGGAGAUGACACCAAGGGCUUCUUUGACCCCAACACCCAAGAGAACCUGACCUACCUGCAGCUGAAGGAGAGGUGCAUCACAGACCCAAAAACUGGCCUGGUCCUCCUGCCCCUGAGGGACAAGACCAAGCCCCAGCAGACGGUUCAGCAGAGCAGCCAGAAUACCGUCCUCCGUAAGAGGAGGGUAGUGAUCGUGGACCCUGACACUGGAAUGGAGAUGACCGUGAGGGAAGCCUACAAUAAGGAGCUCAUUGACUAUGACACCUUCCUAAGUCUCUCAGAGCAGGAGUGUGAAUGGGAGGAGAUCACCAUCACAGCUUCUGAUGGUUCAGCCCGUCUGGUGGUGGUGGACAGGAAGACAGGCACCCAGUAUGACAUCCAGGACUCCCUGGACCGCGGCAUCAUCGACCAGACCUCCCUGGAGCAGUACCGCUCAGGAACCCUGACUCUCCCUCAGUUUGCUGACCUCAUCACCAGCAAUAGCAACCUCAGCGAGUUGACAAUGACCACCAGAAACAUGGAGGACGUGGCCGCCUGCAGCAGCCCCCCCCAGGCCUGCCUCUCUUCCCCCACCGUCCGCAAGCGCUUCAACAGCAUCUCCAUCAUCUUCUCCCCGCCAGAGGAGUUUGACGAAGGGAGCCCUGUUGCGGCCAUCUUUGACACUGAGACGAUGGAAAAGAUCACCAUUCCGGAGGCUCUACGGAGGGGCUUAGUGGAUACCAUUACAGCUCAGAGGCUGCUAGAGGCCCAGGCCUGUACUGGAGGCAUCAUCAACCCCACCAAUGGCCAGAGGCUCAACCUGCAAGAUGCCGUGCACCAGAGCAUCAUUGACGAUGACAUGGCCGCCAAGCUGAAGCCAGCGCAGAAGGCCUUCAUGGGCUUCGAGGACGUGAAGACCAAGAGGAAGAUGUCUGCGGCCGAGGCCAUGAAGGAGAAAUGGCUGCCUUAUGAGGCCGGACAGAGGUUCCUGGAGUUCCAAUACCUGACAGGAGGUCUGCUGGAGCCCAGUACGGGCCAGAAGACCUCCAUCGAGGAGGCCAUCCGACGAGGCUGGCUGGACGGUCGUGGGGCCCAGAAGCUCCAGGACACACGGAGCCACACCAAGAACCUGACCUGCCCCAAGACCAAGCUGAAGAUCUCCUACAAGGAGGCCAUGGACAGCUGCAUGGUGGAGGAAGGCAAAGGCAUGAAGAUGCUCCAGGCCUCCUCCAUGUCCACCAAGGGCAUUAGUAGCCCCUACAACGUGUCCAACCCAGGCUCCCGUUCGGGGUCCAGGGCUGGCUCACUGGCCACCUCUCGUACAGGGUCUAGGAGCGGCUCUCGCAGGGGCAGUGUGGAUUACUCCUCCAGCUACAGCGCCUUCACAACUUCUUCCUCCACCACCUUUAGCUCCAACUGA